AUGGCAGCCAUGUCCCUGAACGCCUGGCACCAGGAGGCGGUGACUUUCAAGGACGUGGCUGUCUACUUCACCCGGACAGAAUGGGCUGGCCUUUCUCUUGCACAGAGAGACCUGUUCAGGGAGGUGAUGCUGACAAAUUAUGGGAACUUGACUUCUUCAGGAUACCCAGUUUGCAGACUUGCCCUGAUCUCACUUCUGGAAGGAGGGCAUUUGCCUUGGGGUCUGGAGCCAUAGGACGAUCCCCCUGCAGAGGGUACCAGUGAUGUCUCUAAAGGUAGGCGUACCAACAUUGACAGUGAGUCCACAUCAACUCAGGGAAUUUCUGAAGAAAGAGAUGUGAUGAUAUCACAUGGGCUGCCACAGAGUGUUUCUCCGGAAAGUGACUUUCCAGAGACAUGUGAACCAGAGAAACACCAGGAAAUCCCCACGGUGAAAAAUAUUAAAAGAAAGGAUGAGAGUAUCCUCUGUUCAAGGAAACGCUUCAGAUGUGAGGAGUGUGGGAGAUGCUUCACCUUUUUUUCUUACUAUGUGAGACACCAGAGAAUCCACCCUGGGGAGAAACCCUUUGAGUGUAAUGAGUGUGGGAAAUCCUUUAAUGGCAAUUCUUCAUUAAUUCGGCACCAGAGAAUCCAUACUGGAGAAAAAACCUAUCAGUGUGAGGAAUGUGGGCAAGCCUUUAAUAGUGCAGAUCUGAUCAGGCUUCAGAGAGUCCACAGUGGAGACAGGCCCAGUGUCUGCCAGGAGUGUGGAAAUGGCUUCCACAGUAGUUCUGAGUUGGUUAUACACCAGAGUAUCCACACUGGGGAGAACUUUGAGUUUAAUGAGUGUGGAAAAGCUUUCACUGUUAAGUCAACACUAAGUAGGCAUCAGAGGAUCCACAGUGGAGAGAAACCAUAUGAGUGUCUCAAAAGUGGGAAAACCUUUGGAACUUCCUCCCAGCUACAUCAUCAUGCGUAUGUUCACGCUAGAGAGAGACCUGUCCUGGACUACGUAAUUGAAGGAAAUGCUAAAUUUCGGUUAGAGAUCAGCGAAAACAACAGUCAACUUUCUCCGCCAUUCAAGGUCUCCGAGGACCGCAGGUUAAGAAGCCCCCGCCCCCCGGGGCCCGAAGCCUGGGGACAACCGAGCGGCGCGCUCCGGCGUCCUAGAGAGGAGCUCGUGAGUGGUGGGCUUUGUCGCCGGGCAUCUCUGCUAGGGACGCACCCUUCGCCCUUGGAGGAGGCUGCCUCCUGCGUCCCGGAAACCGUGUCGGAGGGAGGCGGAGGCUGGCUACCUGCCGGCCAGUGCUGCCUUCCCUUGGGUGGCUUCGCUCGCCCCAGCCCACAGCUGCCGCUUUGGGACGAAGAGCUGUGGACGGAAAGUAGGCGCUCUGUGUGCGCGACACAGCUCGCCCUGCCCUUUGGCCCCGCCACUACCUACCGAGCCGCUGCCUGGCAGCUGCGGCUCCAAGUUCCAGGCAUGCGGCUGGAAAGGAGCCAAGCGUGGGCCCCACCCUCCGGGAGCUUUCAGUUUAGUGGGAAAGUCACAUAG